UCCCAUCUCACAGACGGGGAAACUGAGGUAGCCUGAACGUGGAGCCGGCGCCGGCCCCGCGGUCACCGCCGCGGCCUCAGUUUCCCCGUCUGUAAAACGAGGCGGCCUCCCCCGAAGCGGCUUCAGCCCCAGGCCGGGGUCUCCUCGGAACUGGCUUUGCGGUGUUGAACAACAGAGCACCAAGUGGCAUGGGGGAAUAGGGCGCUGAUUGGGAGACAGGCAGCUCUGCCUCAGACUGUGUGACCUUGGGUGCCUGCGAUGGCGAAGAUGAGCUUAAAUCAGCAGCUGGUUCUGUAGCUCUUUUAAUCUUUGGCUCUUUGAGCAUUGGUUGGGAAGAUGAACCCCAGCAAUCCUUUUGGGGGGCAGCAAUCCAGUCUGUUCUCCAACCCUGCCAGUGGCUCACUGGGAACGUUUCAGGUUCAGCCACCGUUUCGGUUUGGUCAGCCCUCGCUUUUUGGAAAGAGCAAUGUGGGCGCAGGACAGAGCGCAGGAUUUUCCCAGUCCUCCAGCUUUUCCCGGACUUCUGGGCUGGGUCAUUCUUCUUCAGGACCUGUGCUAGGAUUUGCCCCCACCUCCAGUAUGGGGCUGUUCUCUGCCCACGCCCCGGGCCAGGCUGCUGCCCCCACAGUGACUUCUGGACCUCCCAGUUUGUCUGUCCCCAGCAACUCAGGAUUUAACUUCAAGACACCCACCAGCAGUACAGCUUUUGCCAGCACCCCCAGCUUUGGGCUCAGCAGUGGAGAAGCGUCUGGCCGUAGUUUGGGGCGAUCCAAUUUCAGCUUCAAGCCUCCUGAAAACGCAACAUUCAGACCCAUCUUUGGGGCGGAAUCAGAGGUGGAGAAGACUCAGGGCCAGCUCAAGCCGGGCUCGUUCGCCUUCUCGCACCCUGUCAGCAGCGGGUCGGAGGCGGUGGCCUCCUUUACGUUUUCGCAGGGCUCGAGCAGCUCAGGCACUGGCCAGGGCUUUGCCUUCUCCAAACCGGCUGGCAACACCCUGCUUUCAACCUUCGCCUCUGCUCCAUCCACUCAGAAUGUGGAGGAGGACAAACGGGGGCUCAAGCCGGCCUUUGGGAGCUCAGGGAGCAGCUUCACGAGCUUUGUAUCUCCAGGGUCUGUGGGUGAGCCCUUCUCUGUGAGCAAAGCAGCAGCGGGCAAGCAGGGGCGUGAUGAUGCUGGUGGCCAGGGAGGGUCGCUUCCUGGGCACGCGAAAGGCCUGAAGAGGAAGGAAGACCACGAUCGGUCCCCCAGGAGGCGCGACUAUGAUGCUCCAGAUGACACGGAGCUCCUGUCCCGGGGCGAUCAUCCUCCAGAAAAGCGCCCUCCCCGCCUGGCUCGCCCGCGUGGCGGUGGCCUGUUUGGGCGGACGCUGCAGGACAUGCUGAGAAGCAAUAAAGAAGGCGGCCGCCUGGGCGGUAAGGACGUGAAGAAGGAAGUGAGUGGGCUGGAGUCCCUUGAGUCGGAGCAUCCCACUGCAGCCGGAGCGCCCCCGCCUGUGUUGUCCAUCCCCCGGCUCAAGGAGGAAGAAAUGGCCGGCAAAGACAGCCCGGAAGUGUCCACCAGCAGGGCCAGCCCUUCUUGUGGGGGGAAGGAGAGCGUGGACAGCUCCGGCAGUCUGUCACAAAGCGAGCUCACCGCCAUUCAGUGCAAGAACGUCCCCAACUACCUCAACGACCGGGCGAUCCUGGAGAAGCACUUUGGUCGGUUUGGGAAGGUGCAGCGUGUUUACCCCAGGCGCAACCGGAAGCUGGCCAUUGUGCACUUCUUUGACCACGUGUCUGCGGCCCUGGCUCGGAAGAAAGGAAAAGGCUUGCACAAAGACGUGCUCAUCUUUUGGCACAAGAAAAAAACAAGUCCCAGCAAGAAGGACUUUUCACCAAAGGAGAAAAAAUCAAGUGAGGGAGAAGCCAGUCAGAGCUGCGAAGACCCACCUUUCCAGCGCUCACCACUGCGCAAGCCCCUCCUGAGACCGGCCACUCUGGGCGGUGGCGGCCUUCUGAGUAAGAGUUCUCCAGUUAAGAAAUCGAAUCUUGCCAAGUCUCUGCAGUUUGAAGGGGAGCCCUUUGAUUCUGGACCUGAGGUGCAGAGCUCGGACACCGUGGGACUGUCGGCCACCACCCUCAGCACGUUGGUGGGUACGGUGGCUGAGACGUCUGAGGACAAGUACCGCCUCCUCGACCAGAGGGACAAGAUCAUGAGGCAAGCUCGUGUCAAGAGAACAGAUCUGGAUAAAGCGAAAGCCUUUGUUGGGACGUGCCCAGAUAUGUGUCCUGAGAAGGAGCGGUACAUGAGAGAAACCAGGAACCAGCUGAGUUCUUUCGAAGUGAUCGCUGGAACAGACCAGGUGGACCACGCCGCAGCAAUCAAAGAAUACAGCCGAUCCUCGGCCGACCAGGAGGAGCCCCUGCCCCAUGAGCUGCGUCCCUCUGGGGUGCUCAGCAUGACCAUGGACUACCUCGUCACCCAGAUCAUGGACCAGAGGGAAGGGAACUCGCGUGACUGGUACGACUUUGUGUGGAACAGGACGCGCGGAAUAAGGAAGGACAUUACCCAGCAGCACCUAUGUGACCCCCUGACGGUGUCGCUAAUUGAAAAGUGCACCCGGUUCCACAUUCACUGUGCGCACUCACUGUGUGAAGAGCCCAUGUCCUCCUUUGAUGCCAAGAUCAACAAUGAGAACAUGACCAAGUGUCUGCAGAGCCUCAAGGAGAUGUACCAGGAUCUGGCCAACAAGGGCGUCCUCUGUGCCAGUGAAGCAGAAUUCCGGGGCUACAACGUCCUGCUCAAUCUCAACAAGGGGGACAUCCUGAGAGAGGUGCAGCAGUUCCGGCCUGCUGUCCGAAAUUCCCCAGAAGUGAAGUUUGCCGUCCAGGCCUUCGCCGCCCUGAACAGCAACAAUUUUGUGCGGUUCUUCAAGAUGGUCCGGUCUGCUUCCUACCUGAAUGCCUGCCUCCUGCACUGCUACUUCAAUCAGAUCCGCAAAGACGCAUUGCGGGCUCUCAACGUGGCUUACACAGUGAGCACUCAGAGGUCCACCAGCUUUCCUUUGGAUAACCUGGUGCCCAUGUUACUGUUUAGAGACGCCGAGGAAGCGACCGACUUCUUGAGUUACUACGGCCUCAGUGUGUCCGAUGGCUGUGUUGAGCUUAAUCGGUCUGCGUUCUUGGAACCCGAAGGCUUGUCCAAGGCAAAGAAGUGCACUUUUAUCACAGAGAAGCUCACCGUCUCGGUUGGAGAAGUAGUGAAUGGGGGGCCGUUACCCUCCGUACCUUGUCACAUCCCAGUGUGCAGCUUCAACAUGCAGCAUAAGUAUGUGGGAGAGAGCACGGGCCCUGAGCCUGCUCCAAGUGGACAGAAGCCAAGCGUGGAGAGCGCAGGAGGUGCCAAGGGGGAAGAAGCCAGCCCUGCCACAGAAGCGUCCACGCUCCGUGUCCCGCCUCAGCCCUUGCUUAUCACCCCAGCUCAGCCGCUACAGACCCAGACCGCUGGACUGCCGGCCGCCCUUGUGGCCUCUGCUCCUGCACCGCCGUCGGCUGCCCCGUCAUCUCUCUUCCAGUCCGUCAGUCAGCCCGAUCUGCCUCCUCCCAAGCCUCGGCCUACCUACAGCGACGCGGACAUCGCGGGGGUUGUUGAAGAGCUUGUCCAGGAUGUCCUCAGAAAAUACUGUGAAGAAAUCAGCCGGGCUGGGGCUGCCUACGCCGCUGCAGCCUUAAGGUUUUCCAAGGUGGCCACGGAGGAGCUCUUGGCCACGGCGACAGUGGACAUUUUGAGACAGGUCGCCACUGAAGAAGUGAACAAAGAACGAGCAAGAAUUCGGGAAGAAGAGAAAAGAGUGGAAGAGCAAAGACGGAGGCGGGAGAGAGAGCGUCUGCUGGCCCAGCUGAGCCACGUGCUGGUGGCUGAGCUGAUGGACCUCAUGGUGGCAGAGUGCGUGCGGGAAAUCGCCUCCCGGCAGCUGAAGAGUGCCGUGGAAGCUGAGAGGAGGGCCCGAGUAGCCCGCUGUUCAGAAGAUGUCUGGGAUCGUCUCAUGGACACGUUCUUAGCAGAGGAGAUUUUCCAAAGUGCUCGAGAGACCCUGCAGGAACUUCAGUGCUUCUGUAAAUACCUGCAGAGGUGGAGAGAAGCUGUCGCGGCCCGGAAAAAACUUAAGAGACAGAUGAGAGCGUUCCCUGCAGCGCCCUGCUGUGUGGAUCUCAGCAACAGACUGCAGGCCUUGUCCCCCAGUGCCGAGUGUCCGAUUGCUAAAGAGAACCUGGCCAAGGGGGUCCUGAAUCUAGGGCACGCAGGGAAAUUGGGGGUCUCCUGUACCAGGCUACGAUGGAUGAGAAACAAGACGAUACAUCAAAUGAAGGUCCAAUAUUUCUACCAGCAGUUACUCAGUGAAGCUGUAUGGACGCCCCUGGACCUGCCAGCCCUUAUUGCUGAGUAUCACCCUGGGCAGAGGGAGCAGGUGUUCUGGAAGCUGGUGUUGAUGCUGCCUGACAGCAAAGAACCUGCCUCUGGCUAUUCCAGCAGGAUUCUAGUAGACUGGCUGAAAGUCAAGUUCAUGGCCUGCGAAGAUGUACAAAAUGGCGCCUGUCACUCUUCAGAGGGGAUUCAGACGCUGACCCUGCUGAACACCUAUGGCACCAAAGGCAAUAGGACGGUCUGGGUCAACGUGUGCAUCAAGGCGGCCCACGGUCUGCUGAGCGAUUCGGCCCUUGAUGCCACGCAGAUGCAGAAGGACCUUCUGGGUACCAGCGGCCUCCUCCUCCUGCUGCCCGCCCCGGGGGAGAGCGUAGACACGGCCGAGGAGGACACGUACUGGCUCUCGGCCCUGCUGCAGCUCAAACAGCUCCUGCAGGCGAAGCCCUUCCAUCCCCUGGUGCCUCUGGUGGUCCUCGUGCCCCGCCAGGAGGGGGCCACCGCCAGAGAAGUAGAGGAAGGGCUGAUGCUGCAGGACUUGGUUUUGUCCCAGCUGAUUUCAGAUUACAUUGUGGUGGAGAUCCCAGCCGCAGUCAAUGACCUUCAGGGCACCAACAGGGUGUCCCAGGCCGUGAAGUGGCUGCUCUCUCACUGCCCCAGCUCCCUGGAGCUCUGCUGCCAGACUCUCCCGCAGUUCAUCGAGGAUGGUGUCAGCCGGGAGUUCAGUGACCGCUUCUUCUAUGACCGGAAGGAGCGGCGUGUGGCUGGCCUGGCCUCUCAGGAGCCUGGUGCCAUCAUUGACCUCUUCAACAGCGUGCUGCAGUUCCUGGCGGACGUGGCCUCCUCCGAGCAGCUCUGCCACCUGUCCUGGCCCAUCACUGAGUUUGCUGAGCCAGGGGGCAGCAAGGUGCUUCCUCACCUUCAGUGGAACGCGCCCAGCCACCUGGCUUGGCUCAAGAAGACCAUGCUCUCCUUCCAGCUGCCCCACAUGGACCUGCCCCCCAAGGGUGCUCCCUGGAGACUCGUGUGCACCAUGAUUUCCCAGUAUGUUUCCCAGAUUCCGAGCUGUUGCCAGACUCAGCCCCUUCUUCAGUCUCAGGUGGAGAAUCUUCUGGGUCGAACAUACGGCAAGUGGAGGAACAGAGACCUGUGGGCCUGGGGAGAGACGGGACCCUCUGUGGAGGAGAUUCCAUGGGACGACAUCAUAGCUCUGUGCGUUAACCACAAGCUACGUGAUUGGAAGCCUCCCAGACUGCCUGUCACCUCAGAGGCUCUGAGCAAAGACGGUGAGAUCUGUGUCUACUUUUUCAAAAGCCAUUUAAAAAGCUACAAGGUCCCGGGGUCCUGGGAGCACGCCCGGCUGCGGACACAGAAGGACACCCAGCGAUGCGGCCUGGGACGUCUGGGCAUGAAGCCCUCGCGAUCGCCCGCCAAGGGCUCCUCUUUGUGGCUCCACGCUCCCUACAGCAGCACCAGAGGCUCGGAGAGUGGCCCUGUCAGCCGAGUGCCCGACGCCGAGGAGCUCACCCGAACGGCUUCAGCCGAGGAGCUGCUCCCAGGGCGCCUGUCUGCCAGCCUUCAUCUGGAGAAGGCGGAGAGCGGCAGGUUUGAAGAUCAGCUGCGGCAGUGGCUGGCUGAAGACCUGGAGCAGGGGCCAGACGCGAGCCCCCUCCCCCUCUACCUUCCCCAAGCUCUCGUCUCGAUGCCUCAGACUCUUCAGCCAGUGCCCCGAGUGGCACCUGCUGCCAACCCCCAGGAUGAGAAGGCUGCUGACCGGCGGCAGCCGUUCUCGGAGACGGACGCGUCUUUGGCCGACAAGCUGAAACACUUAGAAAGCCUGAUUCGAAGGACCAGAGAAGAGGAGCUUGUCUGUGAGCGUCAUCUCAUCACCCUGUUAGACAUGGCGGAUGUUUGACGAGCUGGACAGUGGGGAGGGGGCCUCUGUGCUCGGCAUGUACACAAUAAUGUUCUCUGCGGAUGCUUGACCAGCAGCUGGGACUGUGGCUAUCAAUCAUGGAAAUAAAGAGUG